GCACACUCAUGGCACUACACUGCGCAGGCUGGUUUGGGUUUGAGCUCUAUGCAAGUUGCACCGGGGCAGAGAGCAAGUAUUUCACCCUGUGCUAUGAUAAUUGGAUAAUUAACAAACAUCGCGUCUUUGCUCUUUGAGAAAGAUUUUGUUUUAAGGGGUGUCAAAACAUUGGCACCUCACAGCUGUCAACUCAUAGUGUAACGGAGGACAUUGAAGCCCGUAAUGUUCAAUCCAAACCACCACCACCACCAGCAACAACAGCAGCAGCAACAGUUUCAGCAGCACCUGCGGCAGCUACAGCAACUUUUCCAGCAGCAGCCUCCGCCGCCUCCUCCGCCCCAGCCGUCUCCGGGGCACCAUGUCGCCCAUCACCACCACCAGACACAGCGAGCCAUUCCUGUUCCUCCCCAGACAGCCCCUCCUCCCAGGAUGGUCAACCUGUGCCAGGCGACCCAGACUACCAUCAUCGCCCCCAAUCCCAUGCUGCAGGGGGCCCUACUGAUGCAGCAGAUGCAGGGUAACAUGCGGGGCUUUGGGAUGGGUGGACAGCAGUUCCGUCAGUUCUUCGCGGCUGGGACCAGAUCGUCUCUGCUUGGGCCGGUUCCCAUGGGCAUGGCCAUGAAAUCCCACAUCAUGGGUUUCCCAGCUGCUCGACCGUACCACCCGCAUGCUCGCUACUACAACAACAACACCACCACCAACACAGCCUCUUCCUCAUCCUUCUCCUCCGUCGCUACCACAGACACUGCAGCUCGCCAGCCAGACAGGAAGAGGGACAGCGAGCAGAUGGCAGCAGGGAGCACAGAUGACCAACCAGCAGAUAUCAUUACCAUUGAAGCCAGUGACAAGACUGAAAGAGACGUUGCAGUUGGAGGAGAGGAUGGGCCCAUGCAGCCCUCUGAGGAGCAACUUGAGGAACCUGUAGUUAAGAAGCAGAAGACAGAGGGGUCAGAGGAGCCAAAAGAACAGUGUGUUGUUGAGACUGUCACUAUUGCAGAUACUGAUGGGGAGGUUCUUUCUUCAGAGUGCAACAGCAACAGCCAGCCUGAAGACUGCGUCAUUCUGGAGGAAGGAGGCUCUGGAGGGGGAUCAGAUGUUGUUGAGGCGCUGGAGGAAAGCGGAGCUGCUGAGACGCACAGCUGUUCGUCAGCUCCGUCCCCAUCUGGCAGGCCGGGUGAAGACGACCAGCAGGAUCGUUUAGCCCCGGAGGAGAUGCAGAUACAGGAUAAAGAUACCCCUUUGGCUUCACCAGAGAACCACGAUGAAGGAGAGGAGGGUGUAGGGGACACCAACAAGUUCUAUUGCUACCUCUGCAGCAUUACCUGCCACAACCAGCAAAACUUCAGGGGUCAUAUGAAUAGUGUUUCCCACCAGCAGAGGAUGAUGGAGAUCCAACACAUGAGCAACGCCUGCCUGGUCACCCUGCUGCCACGAAUACAGGAGUCUCUGCAGGGAGCAAACAGAGAUGGAGAUAAGAAAGCAGACACGAAGCAUUGGUGUGCCACCUGUCACACCCACUACACCAGCAGCAUCAUGGACCACCGUCGCACCGAGGAGCACAAACUUGCCAGUAGAACAGCCAUUUCCUCCUGCACAGUCUGCAAGAAACACUUCAGGACCUCUCAGAUUUUUGUGGAGCACUUGCAGUCCCAGGAGCACAGACAGAUGGUGGAGAAGCUCCAGGAAAAAGAGGGCUGUGAGGCCUUGGGCAAGCUGACUUCCAUGGACGCUGACGGCUUUUUGUUGGAAGAGGUGGAGGGCAUUGAGGUGGAGGAGGGAGAGGAAAGACAGACGAGUGAAGGAGACCAAGAUUGUUCAGAGAAACAGGAUGGCUGGUCCUCCCUUAAAGAAGUGACUCUAAAGGACAUGGCCAGUGAUGAGCAAUAUGAUCCUGACACAGUCUACGGGUCCAGUUUUUUUGUUCCAGUAGCAGGUUUUAUCUGCAGACUCUGCAACAAGUUCUACCACUUUGAAUCUUCGGCCCUACACACCCACUGCAAAUCACUGAAGCACUUUGAGAACCUCAAGAAUUACAGAGAGUUGAUGAGUCAAAAGGGGGGAGCUGUUGAAUCUUCUGGGGAAUCUCUCCUAGCCGCAGCCAGCUUCAGGCCUGGAACAGAAACCACCACAGACUGUGAUGACACUGGUUUAGUGACAGACCUGAACUCCAUGCAGCCUACCAUUACACUCACCAGAGUGAACACGCAGACAGAAAACCAGCAACAGGAGGAACAGGCAGAACUUGACCCGACCUCACAGGACUUCAUCUCCACCUCAGCAACCAGCACUGGCAGCGUAGACCAAGACCUCAGCCUCCACAGUAAGGAGAAUGAGCCCACAUCCCAGGCCUCUGCAGGUCAGGAGAGUCCAGCUGAGCUGCCGGCUGGCAGCAGAGAGGAGCCAGACUCAGAGCAAGCGGCUGCUGAUGAGGAUGCUAAUGAAGAAGAGGAGAAGGAGAAGGAAGCUCCCGGUGUACCAGGGAAAAAGAACGGUACGGGGAAGGCAAAAUCCAAACGCAGGUCAGGGAGGGCCACAAACAGACACUGAUUCAAAGAUAAGAUGUGGAGGAGAGGAUACCAGGUACAACUGCAACCUUAGGACAGGAUGUGUCUGUAUGUGAAGAGGUGCUUUCAUGAAACAGAGAUAUCUAUAAGUGAACAGCUCUGCCGCUCUCUAUUUUGGAAAGGCUUCUUAUGUGAAGUGUUCUCCCAGGGUGGGAAAUUAACACCUGACAGCUAUCAAAUACAGGUUGAAUCAGUGACUGGUGGGUAAGUAUGUUAAUAUUGGCUAACAGUCAGAGGCUAGUCUCCACCAUUAGAUUACAGCAAUCAAAAUGAAUGAAAAGCCAUCACAUGGAUACACGUGCUGUGUCCCGAUCCUAUAGUACAUAUUCUAAUCUAAGCAGGUUCUGAGUGUGUAGAUGGUUUAGGAUGGAAGUUUACUCAAAACAGUCCCUCUACUACUGCCACAAUGCAUUGCAAAAAGGAAACUGAGGAACUGCAACUGCAAAACAUUAAAACGUGGAUAAAAACAAAAUUGUGGGUAAAAUGGCUUUAAUGCCCCCAGGGAACAGAAAAAUAAAUAUUAAAUCCUUGGAAAAACAUUUAAAUAUUUUAAUUGUGAAUUUUUGAUUGACAUGCAGUGGGGCACGUAUCGUAUGAUUUCUUGUUAGUAUAAAACAGUUCGGUAUGUAGAUUCUUUUAGCCACGCUAACAGUGUGACUAUAGUAAGACUUUAAUCCAGACUAGUGUUGUAGUCAAGUCCAAGACUUUUAGGGGCUGAGACCAAGACUGAGGGAGGGCGAGACAGAGUCAAGACCAAGACCAGUUCCCCACAUUAAAUGACAUUCAAUAAAUUGUGGAACGACAUCUAAAGUGCUUCUCAAAUUGAUCUGAGAGAUCCACAUUCCCAUUAAAACACCCACAUACAACCUCUAAGAGCUGAAAUCAACGUAAGCAUCUUUAUUCUUUUCCAUGCUUACCAUCGCGGGGACGGGUGACAGCUGUUAACGGGAACAGCACAUUUUUAAUUGGGUUUAUUGGUUGCAUUCGAAGCAGUACGUUUUACAUCCAGUCAAAUUUGGGAUGUUAACAAAUAAAUCGGACAAAAGCUAUUUAUUGAUAUUCCCAAAGUUAUGGUCUUGAAAUAAAAUCCCGAGUCCUCAAUGUCCGAGACAAGACGGAGUACAAAUACGGUUGAGUCCGAGACGAGACCAACACCAUCAAAAAGUGGUCUUAAGACCGGUCUCGAGUACUACAACACUAAUCCAGAAUUAAGUAUCACAACAACUAUGUGAUGGAUUGCCGUGAAAUUUUAACAAAGAUUCUUGGUCACCAGAGGAUGAAUCCUGCCGACUUAUCCACUAGCGCCACCAUGAGGUCAACAUUUGUGGUUUGAGUGAAAUGUCACAACCACUGGAUGAAUUGCCAUAUUUAGUACAGACAUUCAUUUCCCGCUUAGGUGAAUUAUAAUAACUUCCUUUUCAUCUAGUGCCAUCAGGUCAAAAUUUUAAUUUUGUUUAGUCUUUCAGUUCAUAUGAAUUGUUACAAAUACCUGCAAAACAUUCCACCAGCUUCAGCUGUACUUUGUGUUUAGCAAAUGCUAACAUGCUAAACUAAGAUGGAGAACAUGGUAAACAUUAUACCUGCUAAACAUCCACAUGUUAGCGUUGUCAUUGUUGCAUGUUGACAUUAGGAUGAAGCAUGGCUGUACAACCUCACAGAGCCACUAGCAUGGCAGUAGACUCGUUUGUAUACUAACUGCAAAAUCAAGAGUACCACAACAAUUAUACUAUACAAGCAGAGUGGAAUUAGAACAUAUUCAUUUAAAACCAUAGAAGCUAAAUGCAAACGUAAUAUAUACAGUAUUUUAAAAGUAGCAUGAGUAAAGUAUAGAAUGACAUGAAUUUUCCUAGCCACAGGAGAAAAAAAAGCAAAGGUAUUUUAUUAGGUUACCCCAUCCACAAUUAAAAAUUUUAUCAUUUUUUUCCCCACCUUCUAUUCCGAAGUAUUACAAUCACUAUAAUUGCUUCUGACCCUUAAAUGAACACUGUGCAGUGGUUUUAAAUGUAGCUGGGUUAAAGGAAAGGAGGUGGCUGGCUCACCAAAAAGUUAAUUUCCCACCCUGCUGUCCUCAAAGAUCAGGAAGCUGAUUGUCAGCUUUUGCUAAUUCUGAAUGAUUGUUGACAUAAUAUAACCUACAACUGGAGAUACCUUUAAACAUUGCUAACCACAUACAGUAGCACACGCGUUUAGCAACCUGAAAUGUAGAAUGUAACGAAAUUAUUUGUUUGGGCUGGUGACCACUUUUGUUUGAACAAAAGUUGAAAGUCAUGAAUCUGAUCAUUGCUUUUCUGUUUUUUUUUUUAAUCCAUUUCUUUUUAAGACAUUUUGGGUUCAAGCUGGUGUCAUCUUUGUGGCAAAAAGAGUUGUCAGCAGUUGUUGCCUUGAUUUGGGAAAAAAAAAAAAAAAAAGUCCUGCACACAUUCAUAUCGGAAGAUGCUAGAUACAUUUAUGGACACCUGUCAAAAGAAAUGUCUAAAAACCCUUUUACAGCUCUAAAAUGAGAAUCCUCAGCCAACAGCUUCAUCAACAACAACAGAAAGGUGUUUGUGCUAACCAGGCUCUGAAUUCAAAUUACAAGCUGUCCCCAACUCUCCCAGGACUGCAGUUUGCUUGCCAGUUAGGGUAAAUAUUUGCUGCUUGAAGUUUAAAAAAAACAAACUGUAAAGUUGUUUUGUUUUUUCUUGCUGGGUGUUGUACUUUGCGCCUUCAGAGAACCCACAAAUCAGUAUUUUAGCCCCAAAUUCAUAAAGAUAAAAAAAAUAAAACAUUUGUGUAGAAUGGACACAACAGGGUGAUUUUACACAAAAAUCACAUUUGGUGUCACAAUGCAGUGUACCUGCAUUUGUUUUACUUUUAUUUAUUCUUUUUGCUAUACACUGGACAGAUGAAUCACUCACUUUAAUGGAAGGAGGUGUUUAAUGUCAAAUUAUCCUUGCAAACUUUAAACUCUGAUUUUAAGCACCAGUAACAUACAGCGGAUGAUACCUGUUACAGAUUAUACAAAUGUAUAACUUCCAGCAUUUCAGCAGUAACCAGAAACCACAAGGCAUAAAUAAGGAUGCCUCACUUCCCUCUUGAACAACUAGUGUGCUCUCCUGGAAACAUUUCAUCCUCCAUGUUAGAGAAGGAUAUUUUAAACCACAAACGUGGUUGGCUGCCACAUGUAGCAACUCUAGUAGUCAUGGUGGUAACGGUCACAUGAUUAGCAUUGCAUCGUGUUCUGUCUGAAGGAACAAGACAUGAUGGAAACUAUACUUUGAGAACAGAAGGGAGCAGGAGAGAGAAAAGGACGUGUAAAAUAUAAUUUCAAACAAAGCUGUAUGUUUCUUAUUGUAUUUUUAUUCAGCUACUGACAAAUUGAGAUGAACAAACAGGUGAUGUUUUCUAACUGCUGGACAUUUAAUGUAUUUUUGGAUGUUUGUUUGCCGUUUGGGGUCAUUUUAAUUUAUAUUAAAAUGUCUGACAAUUCCCA